AUGGGCUCCCCCCCUGUGUCUCCAUCCGCACAGGGAGAUCCCCUCUACUGCAUUUACCCGCCCCCGCCGGUAUCUUUUCCUCCAUUUGACUUCCCCAGCCCGCCGAACUACCUCGGAACACCAAAUCUACCGAGCCCGCCUUACCCGCCCCCGCCGGUAUAUUUUCCUCCAUUUGACUUCCCUAGCCCGCCGAACUACCUCGGAACACCAAAUCUACCGAGCCCGCCUUUCUCCGUGCCAUCCCCGUUCGCAAUCCUUCCCAGCCCACCGGAGUUCGUUCCUAACCCGCCGGAUUAUGCUUAUACCCCGCCGGACUAUGCACCCAGCCCCCCGGGAUAUGCUCCGAGUCCACCAGAGUAUAUUGCACCAAGCCCGCCGGGAUUCGUCCCUAACCCGCCGGACUAUGCACCCAACCCGCCGGAAUAUGCUCCUAGCCCGCCGGAGUAUACAGCACCAACCCUACCGGGGUUCGUCCCUAGCCCCCCGGACUAUACACCCAACCCGCCGGGAUAUGCUUCGAGCCCGCCUGAGUAUGCACCAAACCCGCCGGAGAAUGAACCCAGUCCGCCGGAGUACGUUCCCAGGCCGAUAGUUUUCCUGCCGCCGGUGGUGUACCCGCCGCCGUCGGUACCGCCGCCGCCCUUCACGGCGGCGCCGAACGCGCUGUGGUGCGUGGCAAAGCCUUCGGUGCCGGAGCCGAUAAUCCAAGAGGCGAUGAACUACGCCUGCGGAUCAGGGGCAGACUGCGACUCCAUCCUCCCCAGCGGGUCAUGCUUCCAGCCGGAUUCGGUCAUCUCCCACGCCUCCUACGCCUUCAACAGCUACUGGCAGAGGACGCGGGCCGCCGGGGGGACCUGCGACUUCGGCGGCACCGCCAUGCUCGUCACCAAGGACCCAAGUAAUCUCUCUCCCUCCACUCUUCGACGAUUCAUCUCCGAGUUACUGUGCUCUUGUAUGGAUAAUUAAGGCACCUGAAAUCAGAGAUUUUACUCUGUCGGCAUUCUUGAGCUUUCCCUUCUCGUCCGCCAUCUGACCCAUUUAAUGUUUACUGCCAGAACAUGUAGAACUUCUGGACCUAUUAGCUUUGAUCAGACUAAUUUCAUGAAUUUUUGUUCUCUGUUUCUCUCUCCCUCCCUCUUUCCCCUGCGUUGAGGACUCAAAAACGGUCUUUUUUGGACUAGUAUUAUCUGUCUAAAAACCAAAGAAUUAGUCCUCCAAGAGAGCAAAUUUCAUGAUCUGUUCUUUAAUCCUCGAAUAAUGGCCCUAGAAAUCACAGAGUAAGAACCAUCAUCGCCUAGAGAAAUUGUCUAGUUAUAGGUGUUGGGAGGAGAAUGUCAACUCUCCAUGAUGAUUGAGAAUUCUAUUUGCCCAAUGUAUCUAAAUGAGUGAGUGAGCAAAUGAUGAAACAGGCAAGUGAUGCUCUAGAUCAUGAGCUAGUAAUUACUAUAUUAUAGCAAUUAGUUCUCAUAGAACCAUAUUUUGGUGCAAAUUUUUAUUUAUUUUUUUCUUCCUGAAGUAUGAGGGUGCUUGGAAAUUUAACAUAUAUUUUCGAUUAUUGAAACCAUAACUCAAAUGGGUAUUUUGUGUUCAUGUGAAAAAGUUAAUAUUUCUCCAUUUUUUUCCUAGUAUUGCAUCAUUUUGUCUUCCAGUUGUGCAGGAAAUGAGUGCACUUGCACAGGAUUUAUCAUCAUCAUAAGAGAUAUACAUAAAAUAUAUCAUGUUAUGCUGAUUGGUGCAAAAGAUUGGGUACAUUAAGUAGAUGAAUUUAUUACAGGGCCUCCUCAAAUUGAUGAUUCUCUCUCUUCUCUUCUGACAGGCUUCGAUGGAUGCCGAUUCAUCACCAUCCUCCUGCAGGGGGUUGAUGGCAGGGGAUGA